AUGUUCUUAACGUUUUCUCAUAUCCAAAAAGAUGACAGUCUGGUCCCACUCCUCCCCUACGCAACAGGAUGCUUCCUCGCCAGCGUCCUCCUCACCAUCUCUGGUAUCGCCGAAACCCACCCUCAAGCACUCGCACUAGCGACGUACCUGAUCCAAUUUGGAUGGCUGCUGUUGCAGAUCCAGGGGGUCAUGCUUGUGUACAUGUUUGGGAGCCAGGGUCAAGGAGGGUGGUUGUUUAGAGUCUGGUUGGUUUCUAUGCAGGUUUUGGAUGUUCAUCGGAGGUUUUUGAGUGCCUAUUUGGGUGCUGCUGCGUCUUUGACUGGGCUGAAUGGAGAAGGAUUGAAUGGGACGAGUGUGUUUGGAUCAUUGGCAGCAGGAGGAUCAGGAUUGAGUUCGAGACACGGUGCGGAUGGUGGUGGCGGUGCCACGUUUGGGGUAUUGAGCCUUGAACAAGAAUCGUCGUCGAUGAUUGGUCAACAGCAUUCAGCAGGUGACGAAGCAAUGCUUUUGCAGGGUGUCAUAGCGUCUGUGUGGGGGUAUUACACAGGGAUGCUGUGCACCACUGGACCCGCUUCCAUCUGCGACCUCAUCGCCUCUUCCUCCUCUUCGUCUUCUGUGUCGGUGUUGGCGUUCUUAUCGACCCUGGCACACGCAGCAACCACAGCCACAACAACGACAGCUACUGUUAAAGCAGCUUCGAUGUCUCAUUCACAUGCUACCUAUUCGACACCCUACACAGGAUCUUCCAAAACAUCGCCUUCUUCCUCUUCCCCAUCCUCAACAGGGGGCAUGAAGGAGAUGGAGAACCUGGUGGUAUUCGAAAUCCUCGCAGGAGUAGGGGUCAGUGGGUUGAUGUGUCUUGUCUGGGCGGCGAUGGCGAUACGUCGUGGUGGGCUCGUUGCGAUUCCGGGCGUGCGUCGGACAAGGAUACGGAUGCAGCGAUGGGGGAAGACUGUGAAGGGUUUGAGGGAUGAGUGGUGGGUGGGGUUUGGCGGGUUGGAACGGAAGGUUGACGCGUUUGUUGAGCAGAUGAAGUUCCGAGUUGAGUCUUAG